CCCAGGGAGCGGAAGUGACAUCACUUCCUCAAUUCGCGGGCGGGUUUUCGGAUCUUCUCGGGAGCUACCUGUGGGCCGCAUGGAAGUAGCAAAGACUCUUGGGAUUGCAACACCAAGAAAACCUGUCUUAUCUGUCAGUGCGAGAAAACUUAAGGACAAUGCAGCUGACUGGCACAACUUAAUCCUAAAAUGGGACAGCCUCAAUGACAAGGGUUUCACCACGGCGAGCAGCAUUGCCAACCUGAAAGUCAGUCUGCUGAGUAAAGAGAAGGCUGAAUUAGAGGGCAGCAGCCCAACUUCCAUGGAAGAGGAAGAAAAGACAAACCUGGACUAUGAUAAGGGACUUGAAGCCUUGUGCGAGGAGCUGCAGGCCAUCUUGGACGACUUGACUAAAAUACAAAUGAAAAUGGAAAAGCUGUCUUCAACCACCAAGGGUAUUUGUGAACUAGAAAAUUACCACUACAGGGAAGAAAGCAGCCGGCCCCCUCUGUUUCACACGUGGCCCACAGCCUUCUUUUACGAGGUCUCCCACCGGCUCUCUGAAGCAUACAAGAAGGAGCUCCUUUUGAAGCACACCAUUGGCGCAGAGCUGGCCCAUACUGCAGACCGCAACCUCAGCCUGACCUACCUGUCCAUGUGGCUGCACCAGCCCUACAUAGAGAGCGGCAGCAAGCUGCAGCUGGAGAGCAUGCUGCUCGAGACCGGGCACCGGGCCCUGUGACCACGGCCUGGUGCUCCAGACCACUGGACGGACAGUCAGUCACUUGGGUGGAACCUGUUGUGCCUCAAGGCCAGAUCCUUUUAGGGUCCUGGGAUCACUGUCCCCAAAGCUGCAGCUGUCCCCUGCUGCUUCCCAACUGUCCUCCUGCCACUGAGUGACAGAAACAAGAACAGCUGAGGGGCCGAGCUUUAUAAACCAGUGGACAUUACUGUUACAUCUGUGGAGCCAACCUGAGUUUCCUAUUUAUACUUUGUACCUAUGUACCUUUCUCUUUGCUUGUGUUGCUGGAAAUCAAAUCCAGACUUCACAGAAGCUGAAUAUUCUACCACUGGUCCACACUCCCAACCCCGUGCUUUGAAAAGAAUGUUUUAGUUCUAAAACUGUCCUGGAAUUAUUAGAUGUUUAAAGUCUCCUAAGUAGGAACUGAGAUGGUUUAGCAGUUGAGAGCACUUGUACACUUGGAGUGCACUUUUAUUUUUACUUAGGUAUUUGUGUCUGGGCCGCCUGCACAGACUGCAAAUCGGAGUGGGACCCUUGGACCUAGAGUCAGAAGAGCUUGUGGGCUACCUAUGGCUGGAGAGUCAUACUUAAUAUAUUGGUUUUUUGUUUUGUUGCUUUUUUGAGACAGGGUUUCUCUGUGUAGCCCUGGCUGUCCUGGAACUCACUCUGUAGACCAGGCUGGCCUUGAACUCAGAAAUCUGCCUACAUCUGCCUCCCAAGUGCUGGGAUCAAAGUCAUGUGCCACCACCACCUGGCAGUUAAUAUAUUGUGUAAAUAUAUUAAUGUAUAUUUAAAUAUAUAUUAAUCCUGUUGCGUUGA